AUGAGUCAAAAAACUAUUAAAUUUGCUCCCGAACCUGUCUUUAAAUGCUCUAAGUGCCCAGCUAAGAUCUCAAGAAAAGACAAUUUGGACAGACAUGAGAAAAAUUGCCAUCCCAUUUCCCAACAAGACGUUAUUAUGGAAGACCCAACCCAAAACGCGACUAAUGUUGUUAGAGUGGCUGAUGGCGGGAUUCAACAGCAGCAACAACAACAACAACAACAACAACAACAACAACAACAACAACAACAACAACAACAACAACAACAACAACAACAACAACAACAACAACAACAACAACAACAACAACAACAACAACAACAACAACAACAACAACAACAAUAA